AUGUGUUCAACAUAUUGUCUUAAUUCCUCAAAGCCAGGCUCACCAGGCUCAUACCAAACUUCAUCUACUGUUCCUUUACGGUCAUCAGGACUGUCUUUGUCAUUAACAACCGACGCUAGUACAAGCAGCAGUUGUACUUCAAAAAUUGUGAAAGAAGAUCAGAAAAUGUAUAAUAUUUUAGCAACAAUUCGCUUACCUAUGGACAAGAAAAAGAAUUUGGUAAACCAUAAUUUGCAUCAACUACCUAUUCAUGGCCUGGAAUUAUUUGGUGUUCAAAUGCUUGGAAAAGGCUUUUCUGGUAAAGCCCGAAUCUGA